AUGGAAAAUUACUUCAAGCGCGACAUUGAUAGAAUCAAAGAGAAGUUCCAUAAAAGUCGUAUAUUCAAAAUGAACGGAAAAUAUUCCGACCACCCAUUGUUCAAGGGGAUCCAUUACAGCGUAUCUCGGCAAUGUAUGAAGUUGUUGAUUAUAGAAGUCGAGUUGAUUGAUAAGUGGGAAACCAAGGCGGAUGAGGUGUGUGUAUGUAAUAUGAAGAAGUAUAUGGGACUCCCUUGUCGCCAUAUGAUAAUCAAUUACGAGCAUGGCGUAAUCCCUUUAAGUGACAUUGAUUCAUUUUGGAAGCAUCUAAGUUUCAUCCCUCCUCCAAAGGAAGAAGAAGCCGAAGAAGAGUUUGGUGAUAAUGAAAUGGGUAGAACCGUACUAGAGAUGUAUCGGGGCAUGAACAAGCUCCAAAAACAAAUGUCUUGGGAUGACAUGCGGAAAAUCAUAUAUCCACAAACGCAAGAGAAUGUCUAUGAACCAGCAAAAGGCAAACCGAAAGGUAAACCAAGCAAAAAAGAAACUAAAAAGCAACUUCGAGAAUAUGCAGAGGUGUUACGCAAGAAGAAAAGUGAGAAAAAUGCAAAUACUAGAGAUCCUUGUGGCCAUGAAUAUACCGCGGCAAUGUACUUGGAGAAAACGAAGAAAUGGGGUAGAAGUAUCGAAGAGAAAGGGGAAACAAGUGAGCGAGAUUUGAAGAAAAAGGGUCCGGUGUGUCCAUCACAACCAAGCCAACCCUCUUCCGGCGAUGCGAAGCUUAAGUCUCCAAUGUGCCCCAUCCAACCAUAUUUCCUAGACGUAAAGCUUGAGGCUCAAAAUAAAGACUAUUUGAAUGAGUUACCUCUAUACAUUAGAGAAUACGUUAUAUCCACCAACGACAUUCCUCUGGAUGGUAACUGUGGUUUUCAUGAUGUCAAUCAACGACUUGGUACUUUCAUCGAAGGUGCCAAGCGAAAUAAUGGGUGUGCAAUCACUCAUAUAAGGCAAAGGUUGUUGUCCAAACUAAAGAAGAAUCCGUCCUUUUACAAGACAAUGUUGUGCGAUGGGGAGGGUACUCUCAACGAGCAAUUUAUUAGGUAUCAACUUCUUCUUCAUGGGGCGCAUCCGAUGACAUCGGAUUAUUGGAUGAUCAUGCCUAUAUGUGGGCACUUAAUCGCCGAGGGAUUGAAUUGUGUGGUUCAUUACUUCUCAAAACAUGCAAGUUUCACCUUCACCCCAAAAACAAUUGUAUGUGUCGAGCAACUCAAACAAAGGAGAUGUGUCAUGGCAUUGAUCAACAACAACCACUUUAUAGGGCUCCGAUUAAAUCCCGAUUGUCCGUUGCCUCCAAUAUGUGGAACCUCUUAUUGGCCUGCAUUUAAUCCGGAUAGAAUGUUGGGUUGGUGUAUCAUGUAUGAGUCUAACAUGGAGAUGUGGCGUGCUUUGAAGAAGUCGGAAGAAAUUGUACAUGAAGGUCAAAUAUCACUUGAGGAUGAUUAG